CGUCGUCGGCAUAGGCGGCUGGAACCCCUCGGCCAGGGGGCCAUGGCCCCCUCCAAAAAAAUUUUUUUAACAUAGUGGUCUAUGGGCCUGGCCCACCCCAAAGCCAAUAGUGCUGGCCCACCCCAAACCGGGAAGCUCCAGCCGCCCCUGGUCGUCGGCAACCAAUAACCAUUAAGUUAUUAACCAAUAUUAAUUAUUACGGACGCGAACGGGGUAUCCUCAUCAGUAGUCAUAGUCAAAAAGCGAUGCAUACUUAUUUGAAUGCCUUAUGUCAUUUCUGCGCUUAUGAGGUUCAUCGUUGAUUGUGCCAUCCCCGGCAGUUUGAUCGCCAAAGACGUCGAAAGAUUCUUCGCCAGCCGCAUCUUUAAAGAUGUUUGGCUUGCCUCAGAAGGCAGCGCUUGUAAGGUACCCAGCCUUGCGACAUGGAAUGGCUACCAGCGCGAGCUCCGUUACCGUGGACAAACACGAUGAUCUUGUGCGGGAGUCCAGAGAAUUCCGCCAGCUCUCGCUGAGUCCUGCCAGAAAAGAGCGCAAACGGGAAGAAGAUCGUAGAUUCCGGUCCCAAGAUUUGAUGCCUCCACGAUCCCAGAGGAUGCACGUGGAUCAAGACUGGACAAAUGUGUGGCCGGCUGCUGCCACUUUCAAACCAGCCACUGUUCCGCUUCCCAUUCGAACCAGCACGGGCACAAGCAAGACUCCCUUGGACAAAUUCGGAAACACCGAACUUAUGAAAAUCCCCAAUUUUUUCCAUUUAACUCCUUUAGCCAUUGCGAAGCAUUGUGCUGCUUUGAAAAAAUUUUGCACUCCUUGGCCAAAAGAACUUCAGACCGAGGAGGAUUGCAACCUGCAUUUCCCGGUCGAAGUGAUUACUGCCACGUAUUGUCACUCGGGGCCAUCUAUCCGUAAUACACGAACUCGAAUAGUUUCUCUCAGGGUUAAGUUAUCGGAACUGAAGUUUGAUUUUCACGCACGGGACAAGUUUCUGCGCCUUUUAGGGGACCGCUACGAUCCGAAAUCGGAUUAUAUUACUAUUGUUACGGACAGAUGUCCUACACGCCAACAGAAUUACGAUUAUGCAAAGUACCUUCUAACCGCACUUUAUUUCGAAUCCUGGAAAACGGAACCAUGGGAAAAAGAAAUGACUGUUGCUGACAGAGAUCGGUAUUACUGGGAAGGCAGCCCUUCGGAAGAAAGCGCGAAGACAUUGCUCGCCAGAAUGGCAGUCAGCGCUGUUCAACCAGGAGCCUCUCCGAAAUCCGCCCAGACCGAUGAUGUUCCCCCUGGAAAUGCCGCAUUUAGUAGGAGCCACGAGCACCUCAGAGAAUACGAGCAGGCAGUGACCACCGUGAAUAAUGGAGAAGAAAACUUCGACUCUCUUCGGCAAUAUAAAACGGCCGUGCUGAAACUUGCAGGUCUUAAUUAAUUUUCAGGAUGUGGUGGAAUUGUGGAGUACCUACAGCUCUAAAACGCUAAACGGUUGAUGAAAUAACAGUGCUUUUAAUGAUGAUGUUAAUAAUUACGGAUUAAUGUCUCCCUGAAGCCUAAGGUAGCAGAUGUGGAUUAGUCCUGUUAGCGCCUAUAAAGGUGCACAUGACACAUGCUUGAUUAGAACAGUGAAGGAAUAAAUCCACUGAGUGAGAUUUAAUGGUGGACUAUCUUGU